AUGAUGAACAAUUUGCCAACCAACCAGCUGUUCUCCCUAGAAGGGAAAAUAGUUAUCUGCACAGGAGCCACUGGUGGGAUUGGCCAGUCUCUAUGUAAAUCACUUGCGGAGGCAGGUGCAGAUAUUGUUUCUAUUCAGACUCCGAAUGACCCUAAUGCGGGAAGUUUGUCGCAAUGUCUCACUGAACUCGGUCGAAAGUUGUGGACUUUUGAAUGCAACCUUACAGACCUAUCUUCUGUGCGCUCUACCUUUCGCGAUAUUUGGAAUGCGGGGAUCUCGCCCUCGGUCCUCUUAAAUUGUGCAGGCGUAAAUCGAAGGCGACCUUUGAUUGAGGUUACUGAUGAGGAUCUUGAUCUUAUUCUCUCUGUCAAUCUUAAAGCUUCUUACGUAGCUGCGCAAGAAUUUGCAAGGAGGCUGCUUGAACUGAAUCUUCCCGGGAAAGUGAUCAAUGUCGGCUCCGUUACAUCAUUUCGGGGAAUGUACAAUGUGUCCGCCUAUGCAAGCUCCAAAGGCGGUGUUAUUCAAAUGACAAAAUCAUUCAGCAAUGAGCUUGCGCCUCACAACAUUCAAGUGAAUUGCAUCUGCCCCGGGUACAUCAGAACACCUCUGACGAAGCAGUUGGAAAAUGAUCCGGUCUAUAACGAUUUUAUAUUGAAGGGAACACCCGCAGGCCGCUGGGGAACGCCUGAGGACCUAAGGGGAGCCGCCAUUUUUCUCGCCAGCGAUGCCAGCAACUUUGUCACUGGUUCAAGUUUGAUCGUAGAUGGUGGAAUGGUCGCUGCUUGA